CAAUGCUCCUGACUUCGCAGUCCUCUCGAUUCACGCCUGGCUUCACAUACAAUUGCGGAAGACGAACAAACAAACCCGGCCUGGAGUCCCACUGUGAAUGGCACUGAUUUCAUAUGCUGUAGAUUUGUUGUAGUUGUUUAAGCCCCCGAACUCUAGCUGCAGAUGGCUGUAAGGAAUCUCAACAUCUGUCAGCAAUGCACACUCCCCUUAUGUUCCCAUGAGAUGUGAAUCAACAUAAAGCACUCUGUGAAAUACAUCUCUGUUCAUUUGUUUAGCUCAAUUAUGGAGAUGUUUCCGCUGCUUGGCCCUCAUGACGGCUCAUUUGCCAGAGCCAACGACUGGCAGGAAUGGACGAGGCGCGAGUCAUACGAGUGUGCGGCUGUGCGCGAGGGGCGCGCGUGCAGACUACUGUUUACUGCUAACAGCUUCAGACGAGGCACACAGCUGUGUGAAUUCACCGUUGUCUGUCGUCUAUGGCUCGAUAUACGGGGUGAGGAAUUGAGACAUUAAAGGCAUCGCAACGUGAGUGAAAAUGAUCGAAAGGAGGAUAAAACCUCGCGCGAGAGCAGGAGAAAUCUAACGUUAUUCUGACAGCUCUCUCACAAAGACCACUGCGAAGGAAUGCAGAAUAAUGCUUUGAACUUGAAAGACCACCAACGCUUCGUUUGCUAGAACCAGAGCAGAAUUAGCAGGAUACAAACAUGCAGCGGGUGAACAACGGGCAGAAAUCUGCCUGAGUGGAUCCGGAGUGCGCUGAAGAGCUUCUUUCGCACCUUUGUUUGGCAGCGUCUGCAAAAACUUCCACAAUGGCUCUGGUCAUGGAACCUGUGAGCAGGUGGUCAACAAGCCAGGUGGUCGACUGGAUGAAAGGUUUGGAUGACUGUCUGCAGCAGUACAUUAAGAACUUUGAGCAGGAAAAGGUGGGCGGUGAACAGCUGUUGAGAAUCACCCAUCAGGAGCUCGAGGAUCUGGGCGUUUCUCGAAUCGGCCACCAGGAACUCAUUCUGGAGGCUGUGGACCUGCUUUGCGCACUGAACUAUGGACUAGAGACAGAGAACCUGAAGACUCUGACCCAUAAGCUGAAUGCAUCAGCCAAGAACCUGCAGAACUUCAUAACAGGCCGGCGGAGAGGCGGUCACUAUGACGGCAGAGCCACACGAAAACUUCCUAAUGACUUUCUGACCUCUGUAGUGGACCUCAUUGCUGCCGCCAAGAGCCUGCUGGCUUGGUUGGAUAGGUUAGUCCUGCAAAGAGACAAACACCACUCACAACAAACACAGAUGUAUUAUUCCUGGCCUCUGGGUCUCCCUCAUUUGUUCCCUCCAGACAGGAUGACAGCAGGAGUGCGGUCCUGGGUGAUCGACUUUCGUUGUGCUGCUCUGGCAUGGGCCAUUGAGGGCGAGGACAGACUGUCCCAGGUGGGAGAAAAGCGAUGUGUCCCAGAACAUGAAAUCCAGAAAUAUGAAGGCCUGUGUUGCGUGCUGAGGGAGAUUCCCAAUAUGUUUAACAUUAAUCAUGUGUGCGGCCAUUCGAGCUCCCCGAGCUCCUUCACUCACAGGCUGGAAAUCAGACUACCGUUAAGCAGAGUGAUGGAGAGUGGAGGAAAUGAGCUAAUGAGAGGAGGAAGAGGAAAAGCAUUGCACCAGGACGGCACAGUGUAUGAGACAGAAAAUAAGAUACUGCUUGUGUGUAAGACACUGUCAGGCGUGUGUGACCACAUCAUUUCCCUCUCUUCGGACCCCAUGGUGUCCCAGGCCGCCCAUCUGGAAGUGGUGCAGCUGGAUAACAUAAGAUCCACAGAGGGACUGGGCAUGUACAUCAAAUCAACCUACGAUGGCCUACAUGUCAUCACGGGCACUACGGAGGGAUCGCUAGCUGACCGCUGUAAGAAAAUCCAUGCUGGUGAUGAGGUCAUACAGGUCAAUCAUCAGACAGUGGUGGGCUGGCAGCUGAAGAACCUGGUAAACUCUUUACGUAGCAAUCCUGCAGGUGUGACCCUCACGCUGAAGAAACGACCUCAGAGCACUCUCACGUCAGCCCCAGCCUUACUCAAGAACAUGAGAUGGAAGCCCCUCGCCCUGCAGCCCAUCAUCCCUCCCAGCCCCAGCAGCAGUGUGGCCACACCGUCCAGCACCCUCAGCACCCCAUCCAGACGGGACAGCUGCGCUCUACAGGACCUCUACAUCCCCCCUCCCCCAGAUGAGCCAUACACACCCAGAGAUGACAUAGGAAAUCUGACCAGCAACUGCCAGCAGGCCGCUAAGGGUUCUGAUUCGCCCAACUCCUUCCUGGAUCAGGAGUGCCGGAGGCGAUUCCCUCUUCUGGAUGAGGAUGCGGUCCUGUACUGUUACGAGUAUGAUCAGAAUCAGGGCCCUCCACCUGUACGCAGGGACAGCACUCCUACAUAUGGGCGACUGAGACCUAUUUCUAUGCCUGUAGAAUAUAACUGGGUUGGAGACUAUGAAGAUCCCGCCAAGCUGAAGAAAGAGAUCAGAAGAGAAAACUCCCUGCUGCGAUAUGUGAGUGAGGACAAGGCGGGAACAGAGGAGUACCACACUGGACGUCGCAGCAGUCGGCGUAGUAGAAGGAAGAGUGAGAAAGGUGGUAGCCCCGCCCACUACGCCCUAGUCCCCACCCUUCAGAUGGACAUGCUGCAGCAGGACUCGCUGGCCACACCCACAUCUGAAACCUCAUCUGUCUAUCUGACAUUUGAUCGAUCGUCCAUGCUUUCCCGGUCAAAGAAAGUGAAGUUAAGAGCUGGAUCCCUGCCCUCCAUUAGUAAGCGGCGAAUCUCCUGCAGGGACUUGGGUCAGGGUGAUUGUGAGGGCUGGCUCUGGAAGAAGAAGGAUGCAAAGAGUUACUUCUCUCAGAAAUGGAAGAAGUACUGGGUUGUGCUGAAAGAUGCCUGCCUAUAUUGGUACACCAAUGAAGAGGAUGAGAAAGCAGAGGGCUUCGUCAGCCUGCCUGAGUUCAACAUCGAUCAGGCCAACGAAUGUCGCAAAAAGUUUGCUUUUAAGGCUUGCCAUCCUAAAAUCAAAAGCUUCUACUUUGCUGCGGACAACAUGGAUGAUAUGAAUAGGUGGCUCAGUCGACUGAACAUGGCGGCAACAGCUCACUCAGAGCAGAAGAGGAUUCGACAGGAUCAUGACUACUGGAGCGAGAGUGACCAUGAGGACGCUGAUCACAUGUCCUCAACACCCAAACAGGAUAGCCCUCCACCUCCAUAUGACACUUACCCUCACUCCACCUCAGCAAGUCCAUUCCAGGAGUCCCAACACAUCCGCCCACCCUCCACGGAGACCAUCCAGUCCCGCUCCCCGCUUUCCGAAACACAGGGGGGCAGUGUGAGCAGCGCAAGCUCCCCUGGCAGAAAGUCUGCCAGCCAGCGGCGUUCGUGGCAGGACCUCAUCGAGACGCCCCUCACCAGCUCCGGCCUCCAUUUCCUGCAGACUCUGCCAUUGGAAGACUCUGUGUUCGUCGAUCCCAGUCGAGCCGUGCCUGUGGAGCUCCGCCGCCAGUCGACGCUCCCCGCCCAGCACGGGCUGCCACCAGAACACUACAUCCCGCCCAUUACGCCCACCCAGCCCAGCCAAAAUCCCAUCGCAGCUUUAGGAAGAGGAGAGGGAUUAGAAGGUUGUGGAGUAGGAAGCAAGCACCGCAGUUUCACCUUGCCCCGUGACAGUGGUCUUCAUGCCAUCCUGGCUGCCAGCAGUGCAGCUGAGCACGCAGAUGCACAUCACUACCACCUGGGCCGGGCCCAUGCCAGAGACACAGGUCCAGAGUGGGAGCGCAGGCACCAGGCUGACUCGUUGGGGGAUUUGUACAGGGCUCUGGAGAGGACUAGUCUAUCGCCUGUCAAUGAGCACAGGUCCUCUUCUCGAUUAGAGUACAAGCGAUCAUUCGUCCGCCGUUGCAAUGAUCCGUUACUCAAUGAAAAGCUGCACCGCCUGCGGAUCCUUCAAAACUCAUUCAAGGACAUCCCUCUUCAAGAGGCAGAGACUAAGAUCAUCCAUCGGGAUGUGUAGCCAGAGAUACAGAGAACACAGCAGGGCUCAGCACCAGUCAUUUCAGCCAUAUCUGCUAAAAAAAGCUCCACUCUCUUUCCCUGGAGGGUUCAUCUUAGUUGCUUUUAUCAAACAUCUAUUUCUCACUCUUUUACUCUGUUGCAGCAUUCAUGGAUUUCCUCUCGUUGCACUCACUUUCUUUGCUUUAUGUUAUUGCACAUGCUAAUAUUGGCAUUAUUUUGUAUGUAAAGUUCUUUUCUCUUGAAUUAUUUGUGUUCGUAAUAAUGACUUUGGCCUCCAUCUGAGACCAAAUAACUGCACUUCCAAUGAACUCUACCCUACAGUAGUCUCUCAUGACUGAAA